AUGGCAGCACUGACGGCAACCCCGAUGGUCAUCCUCGAAGAGGCGAAGAAGCAAUUCCAGGAAGACGGAAAGCUGAACGUGCAACUGCUGGAUCAGUUUUCACUAAUUUAUUACAGGUGUUUAUGGAAAAAUCAGGUUGUGACAAUGAUGAAUCGAGCUACUGGUGAGGAGCAGAAACUGGCGAAUAUGAUACUUGUGGAGUUGAAGGAGAAUCCGAACUCAUGGACUAAGGUGGAUGCAAUACUGGAAUACUCGGAUCUUGCGGAAACAAAGUAUUUUGCGCUUCAAAUUCUUGAAUCUGUAAUACAAACCAAGUGGAAAUCACUCCCACUUGUGCAACGCGACGGUAUCAAAGGUUUUAUAGUUCAAUUUAUCCUGAAACUCAGCGAGUCUCGUGUUGAGUCCGAGAAGAAUUCAUUACUACUCCACAAACUCAACCUCGUCUUGGUUCAAAUUGUGAAACAAGACUGGCCAAAGAACUGGCCUUCGUUCAUAACUGAUAUCGUUGAAUCGUCAAAAACGAGCGACAACAUUUGCAUUAACAACAUGAACAUCCUCAGUCUUCUCAGCUUGAAUCUGACGCAGGCCAAGGAGCAGCACCUGAAGCAGCAAUUUUGCGGCCAGUUCCAGGAGAUUUUUACACUUUGUAUCACUAUUCUUGAGAAAUGUCCGGCCAACUCUAUUGUCGAAGCAACAUUGAAGACUCUACAUCGUUUUCUUUCAUGGAUUCCUGUUGGUUAUGUGUUUGAAACGAACAUUACUCAGCUCCUGAGCGAAAAUUUUCUUGCUCGUGCUGCAUACCGAGUCGUGACACUGCAAUGCCUUACCGAAAUCUCGAUGAUCCAAGUCGAGACCGAGGACAAUGCUUAUAAAGAAAAACUGUGUGCAAUGUUCUGUGCAACAAUAAAAGAGAUAGGUAGUUUGUUGGGUGAGAGGGACCUAGCUGCAGCUUACCAAUCAGGAACAGAUGACGACCAGAAGUUUAUCUCAUGUUUGGCGCAGUUCCUGGUGGCUUUUCUCAAGGAUCAUUCAGCACUUGUUGAGAAUUAUAACCCGGUAUGUCCUCAAGUUACCGAUUACCAUAUGUAUGCGGUAGAGCUGUUGCUAUCAAUUAGUCAGGUGGAUGACGUUGAGAUUUUUAAGGUUGUGCGUGAAAUCGUAAAGGACACUGAUUCCAUCACUCUAUACAGAAAUAUGCGUGAAUGUCUCGUUUAUCUGACUCAUCUGGAUUGCAGAGAUACUGAGCAGAAAAUGACUGAAAAGCUUGCUAGUCAGGUUAAUGGGUCCGAAUUCUCAUGGAAGAAUCUGAACACGCUUUGCUGGGCUGUUGGCUCGAUUUCCGGCACAAUGGCUGAAGAAGAUGAAAAGCGCUUUCUUGUCCUUGUCAUUAGAGAUCUCCUUGGAUUGUGCGAGCAGAAACGUGGGAAAGACAACAAGGCUGUCAUUGCAUCCAAUAUCAUGUAUGUUGUUGGACAGUACCCAAGGUUUCUCAGGGCUCAUUGGAAAUUUUUGAAAACGGUGAUCAACAAGCUGUUCGAGUUUAUGCAUGAAACCCACGAAGGAGUUCAAGAUAUGGCAUGCGAUACUUUCAUAAAGAUCGCAAUGAAAUGCAAGCGUCAUUUCGUCAUUGUUCACGUUUUUUACGAGGCUGUAGGACACAUAAUAUCUUCGGCAAGUGAUGAGCCUAAUCAACAGGCUGACCUCAUAGAAAAAUUGAUGGCGCUUCCCAAUUCUGUUUGGGACGAAAUAAUCGCUCGCGCUGGCGAGAACAUGUCUGUACUUGAGGAUCCAGAGGUGUCGCGUAAUUUGUUGAACAUCUUGAAAACCAACGUGGCAUGUUGUAAGGCUACCGGAAAUCCUUUCAUCACUCAGCUCAGCCGUUUAUACAUUGAUCUUCUUUCGCUUUACCGUAUUCUGUCGGAAAAAGUAUCAACGGCUGUUGAGCAAAAUGGACAAGAUGUGCUGAAGGUGAAGGUUAAGUUGUACGUGAUCCCUAUGCCUUUAUUGAAAACGAUGCGUGCUGUAAAGCGUGAAAUUCUCAUUCUGAUUUCUACCUGGAUGGUUCUGGAGAAUAUUGUUCCUCCUCUAUUUGACGCGGUCCUCUUUGACUAUCAAAAGAACGUCCCUGCCGCACGAGAGCCGAAAGUUCUCUCGCUUCUUAGCAUAAUUGUUACGAAGCUCGGAUCGAUGCUGGCUUCUCAAGUACCUCAUAUCCUUGCGGCCGUAUUCGAGUGCACUCUGGCAAUGAUAAAUAAGGAUAUGGAAGCGUUUCCUGAACAUCGUACCAACUUUUUUCAACUGAUUCACGCGUUAACCAUCGAGUGUUUCCAAGUUUUAAUCACUCUGCCUGAAGAACAACUAAGCUACAUUAUUGAUGCCGUUGUCUGGGCUUUCCAGCACUCAAUGCGGAAUGUUGCUGAGAUUGGGCUGGAUAUUUUGAAGGACAUGCUUGACCGUGUAGAAUAUCUUCCACCCCAGCAAUCACAACCGUUUUACAAGCGUUUUUAUAUGCAAAUACUUCAGCACGUGUUGGCCGUUGUUGCGGAUAGUAGCCAAGUUCAUGUUGCUGUGCCUUUAAACGAUGAGAAUCCAAAGCAGAGCAAUGUUGACUACAUCUAUGAGUACAUCGCUAACAUUUUCGUCCAACAUUUCACCAAUCUCACAGAAGGUCAGAUACGAAUUAUCAUCAAGGGCUUCUUCAGUUUUAACACCGAUCAGGCUGGAAUGCGCAACCACCUGCGUGAUUUCCUAGUUCAAAUCAAGGAGUUCAACGGCGAGGACACUUCGGAUUUGUUUCUCGAAGAGAGAGAGGCUGAGAUUCAGGCUAUUCAAGCGAAGAAAAAUGCCGUCCCUGGUAUGUGUGAUCCGCAUAACAUCGUUGACGAGGAUGAAAUGCGUUAA